AAGAACCAAACAGAGGAUUUUUUUCUAGUUGGAUUUGGAAGACUUAACAGUCUUAGACAUUUGGUCUUCACAGUCUUCUUUAUGGUUUAUAUGGCUACAUUGCUUGGAAAUUUCCUGAUCAUUAUUUUAGUGUCCAGAAGCCAUCAACUCCAUACUCCUAUGUACUACUUCCUCCUUCAUCUUUCUUUUUGUGAUAUUGUAUUUACCACAAAUAUUGCUCCUACCAUGCUCCAUAACAUACUGUAUGAUGUUGGAAAAAUUUCCAUGAAACACUGUAUAUCACAGUUCUAUUUGUACGGAGCAUCCACAGUUGCAGAAUGUUACAUCCUUACACUGAUGUCCUGCGACCGAUAUCUGGCCAUCUGUAACCCACUUCACUAUACUUCCAUCAUUAACCUUGAUGUUUGCCUUAGGCUUGUAGGUGGCUCUUGGUUGUCAGGAUUUUUAAUUACACUUUGUACUUCUAUUAUGUUGUUUCACAGAGAUUUCUGUGGACCUAAAGUUAUUGACCACUUCAUAUGUGACCUUACACCUCUUCUAAAACUGUCGUGUUCAGAUACAUUUUCUUUUGAAGUUAUUGUCUUUGUAUUGUCUAUCCCUAUAAUUGUAAUUCCAUUUAUGUUCAUUGUGGUAACCUAUGUAAACAUUUUUAUAGCAGUCCUCAAAAUUUCCUCCACCUCAGGGAAGCAGAAAACUUUUUCCACCUGUAGUUCACACCUGACAUCGGUAGGUACAUACUAUGGAACAUUAACCAUAAUUUAUGUUGUUCCUAGAAGAGGACACUUACUCAGAGUAAACAAAGCACUAUAUCUUCUGUAUACAGUCAUAACUCCAUUGUUCAAUCCACUCAUCUACAGUCUGAGAAACCAGGAUAUAAGGAAAGCCAUUGAGAUGCUAUUCUAUAAGAGAUGA